AGGCGGCGCCGGCGGCCACUGCCAAGGAGGAAGUGAGCUGGGGCCAAAGCGAUGGCCCGGGUCUGGAGCCCGCGGCCGGCGCCGCUGCCGCCGCCGUCGCCACCAGCACAUCAGGAACAGCCGCGGCCGGAGCCGGAGCAGGGCCUGGAGUCGCGGCUGGGGUGGGGGCGGCGCGUGUGAGUUGCCGAAAGUCGCCGGUGCCGGAACACCUCAAACCUUGGGCAGGAGCUCUUCAGGUGGGCUGAGCCUCAGUAUCGCGCCCCUCCUGGCCCAGACAGCAGCCGCCCGAGCCUGAUUCUACAUCUUCCUUCUCGGGCUUCCUUCAGACUCAGGGCGGGGACCGGAGGACGGUGAUCAUCUCAUACCUGAGCUACCAAGCCCGGGCAUUUUCUCGGCGCCCAGGGCUGUGUUGGGGUUGCAGUGGCUGGGCGCUUGCUUCCUCCUGCUGCCACUUCUCCUGCCAGGGAAGGACUGACUCGUUCCCACUGCCUCACCCUGCACUUCUCCCCUUCCCCCCAUUCAGGAACAAGUUUCUUUUUCUUCUCCUUUGGAAACCCGGCCCCAGCUAUCCAAAACACCUAUCUUUGUGUCUUUCUCCAGCUCCUGGAACAUCCCUUAGAAAUUUUACCUACUUAUCAGGGCUGAGAAUCUCUCAUUCUUGAUUUGGCUCUUUGGUUUUUUUUGUUUGUUUGUUUGUUUGUUUUACUCCUUUGGAAGAUAAAAGAUUGCUCCUUUUCCAGCUUCUUAACUGACACUCCAUGCCCAGGGUCUUAUCCAUUUAAAUACCAACCUCCUGGCUACCUCUAUGUGAACUCCCCCACCAUCUGAGUUCUAGUUUUCUCUGGGCUCCAAUCUCCAGCCCUCAGCGGUUCUGGUCAGUCCCACCCCUGGGUGGGACUGACUGGAGGGCUCUGGCCCAGGAUUGUCCACCCUGGAAGGCAACUCCAAAGCAACAAGAGAAUUGGGUGUCGGGUACGAACCUGGCAGCUCAGGAGUGGGUGCUCCACUCACCCCACACAAGAAGAUGAAAAAGCGCAAAGAACUCAACGCAUUGAUCGGCCUGGCUGCAGACAGCCGAAGAAAGAAGCCCAAGAAAGGCUCUGGUCAUCGCCUGCUUCGCACUGAGCCCCCUGACUCAGACUCUGAGUCCAGCUCAGAGGAGGAAGAGGAAUUUGGUGUAGCUGGAAAUCGCUCUCGCUUUGUCAAGGGACACUAUGUACGAUGCUGCAAAAUCUGUUAUCCCCUCUGUGCUUUUGUCAUCCUUGCGGCCUGUGUCAUGGCCUGUGUUGGCUUGGUGUGGAUGCAAGUUGCUCUCAAGGAGGAUCUGGAUGCUCUCAAGGAAAAAUUUAGAACAAUGGAAUCUAAUCAGAAAAGCUCAUUCCAAGAAAUUCCCAAACUUAAUGAGGAACUACUCAGCAAACAAAAACAACUUGAGAAGAUUGAAUCUGGAGAGCUAGGCUUGAACAAAGUCUGGAUAAAUAUCACAGAAAUGAAUAAGCAGAUUACUCUCUUGACUUCCGCGGUAAACCACCUCAAAGCCAAUGUUAAAUCAGCUUCAGACUUAAUUAACCUGCCUGCCACUGUAGAGGGACUUCAGAAGAGUGUAGCUUCCAUUGGCAAUACUUUAAAUAGCGUCCAUCUUGCUGUGGAGGCAAUGCAGAAAACCAUGGAUGAACACAAGAAAACCAUGGAAAUACUGCAGAGUGAUAUGAAUCAGCAACUCUUGAAGGAGAGUAGUGGAAGCAACCACAUCACUCCAGCACCUUCAGUUAUAUCAGAACUUGACAAUAAAACUCACAGUGAGGAUUUAAAACAGGAUAUCCUGUACCUUCACCACUCUUUAGAGGAGGUAAACAGUGCCCUAGUGGGAUACCAGAGACAGAAUGAUUUUAAACUCGAAGGGAUGAACGAGACAGUCAGUAAUCUUACCCAGAGAGUCAACCUGAUAGAAAGCGAUCUGGUUGCUGUGAGCAAGGUAGAAAAGAGAACAAACCUGUCCUACAGCACGAUGGGUGAUAGAGCCGCCACUCUGAAAAGAGAGUCUUUGGAUGAAGUGAUCAACAGAACAGAUACAGUAAAAACCCAAAACAUAAAGAAAGAAGAUAGUUCAGAUUCUCAAGUAUCCAAGCUAAGAGAAAAACUACAGCUGAUCAGUGCUCUCACAAACAAACCUGAGAACAACAGGCCUCCAGAGAAUGCUGAUAAAGAACAAGUACAGAGUUUCACAUCAAAACCAUCAGCAUUGCCAAAAUUUUCACCAUCUCUUGGAGACCAAAUUGAGAAAGCUGCCCAGCUAAGACCUAUCUCCCUAUCAGGAAUUUCUAGCAUUGAAGAUCUUCGGGAUUUAUUCCAUGAGGCUGGCCAGGAUGUGGAUGGGAAGCUGACGUACCAGGAAAUCUGGAACUCCCUAGGUUCUGCUAUGCCAGAACCAGAGAGGUUGAGAGCAUUUGAUUCUGAUGGAGAUGGAAGAUACUCAUUCCUGGAGCUAAGAGUAGCUUUAGGUGUCUAGCCCCAUCAGGCAUAUUUUCAAAUGAAUUUAUGUCCUGGACUACCUAAUAUCUACUUACCUAACAAAAGCAGCCCUUUUACUCAUCCCAUCGAUCCUCCAGUCCUCCAAACUACUAUAGAAGACACAUUGCCACCUUUAACAUGUUUGAAAAACUAUACAAAAGUUAUUUAAAAAAAAAAAAAAAAUUUUACUUGUAGUAUGUUUAGAAAUCCAUGAUUUCCUGAAACCAGUAAGAUCUCACAUUUUAAAAUUGCAAGAAAAAAAGUAAAAUCCUCCUUUUUUUCUCUCUCUCUCUUUCAUUUUUUUGAGAGGAGACCUUAUCUUUUAAAACUUAAAAAUGUGUAUAUAGAGAGAAUAAGCCACCUUUAUAUUUCACAUAAAUUUGCCUUAAAUUAGCUGCACUUUAUAGAGACUCAGAAGAUGUCUUUUCUUUAAAAGAUAGGCCUUUUCUGUUUGUAAAUAGUUCAAAUGUAAGAAAGAAUUGUGCAUAUUUUGUAAGAAGUAAGAAAAAUGGUUUUAAACAGGAUGUGAACAAAUGACUUAUUAAAAAAUCGCUAAUCUGAUCUGGGUAGCAGCUGAAACUGUCCACAUCUUUUUAAGGCAUCCCUCGAGGGCCCACGUGUUGCCAUGGGUUUGGCCUAGUGGCCAAGGGAAUAGAUUUAGGGAAUGGACACUGUGGGGACAGUACCAACUCCAAGAUCAGGAGAGUAAGGUUCUGGUUCUUUGUUCCUAUCCCCUCAGCUAAUAGCAACCGGUGAAUCAAAGACAUCUCACUGGGGUUUUUUCUCAUUUUUAAUCUUAUUUCAGUAUUAUGACCAUAAAUAGUUAUCCGGGAGGGAGUUACAUUUCUUCACCACCCACCCUUCCCCUAAUUGAGCUAGACUAUCUGCCCCCACCCACCCAGGUCUAUCUUAAAGCUGUAGGUGUCUCCACCUCUGAUACCAUCUCUGUUCUGAAUGGCAGGGCUGAACCUCCUUCGGUACCUGUCUUCACUUGGCCACCCAGAAGCUUUCGAGGAGAUCUGUACCUCUAAUUUUGACUUAGGAAGCUCCACCCCUUGAGAUUUUUACCUCAGGGCUAACCAAGAACCUAAUAUGUUUUUCUGUGGUCUAAGGCCAAAAAGGUUAUAACAUGAAACAAAGCUAACCACAUAUCAAGUCGUAUUGGAUUUCCUUAUCACUCUCUGCUCAGAAGUAGCUAGAGACUUUCUGUCCAGAGGAUGCCAAGUAGCAGAAGGCAGCUCUGGAGCAGGGGAUUUUAUGUGAUGGUGGCAAGUGUCCUCAAAUCUAAUACAAGCCAGCAGAAUGUUUUCCUCCCUUUAAAUAUGUCUUUGGACAUGGCACUGAAAGUCCUUGGGCUGGAAGGAAUAAUACUUUCAUGUCACCUGUAUGUUUAAUCUGGACUUGUUAUGUUGUUCCUAAAGCAGUCUUUGGGCAACAAAAAGGAAAAACGUUGCAAAACUUAACUUUGCUGUAGGUCAAGUCAGGAAGAAACUAAAGAAACUUUUAUAGCACACCUUCUUUAAUAGAGCGCAUUUCCAUUUUAACUUUCUGCCCAAGUUGCCCUGUCAGCCAUGGAUGUAGUCCAGCACCUUUAAACUUCUUGUCUUUUUUUUUUUUUUUUCUUAACAUGAUGUUCAGCUUGGUCUUGGCUAACCUUAGUUUUUUUUCCUAGAAGUAUUAAAAUUCAAAGCAAGAUGAAGUCUUUUCCCAUAAUUAUAUGUUUACCUCAUUAUAGCUUAUGCUUUUCUCGACUUUUUUUUUUUUUAAACAUCUCGCUUGCCCAUCUGAGCUAUUUCAUUCUCUUGGAAGGUUAAAAUAUAGUAUAAAAUUAGCCUGGCAUUUGAGGUAACUUGAAGACAACUCUUACUCUUUAUGGCUGCCUUCCAUCCCCCUAUCCCUUUUUAAAAUAUAUAUACCUUUUCAGAUUUUGUAAUAACCAAAUAAAAUUCUAGCAAUAAAUUGAAUUAUACUGCUAUAUUUGUAUAUACUGUACCAUAAAUGGUGUGUCUAUACCUGAAAGGUUUAUUUUUGAGAACUGAUUUAUAUGAAAUAUAUUUGAGGGUAAUGUAGCUUCUCCUUUUUACUUUCAAAUUCUUAUUCAUAGGCAGAUACUUUGAGGGCAUUUUAACUCUUUGUUGUAUGUACUUCUCUUUUGCAUCAGAUAGCUGUAAGUGGAGAAGUCUCAUUUAAAACAGUUUAUCUUAACAUUCUUCACCCCCACCCACAAGCUUGUCGGCUAGCAUCAUCCCUGACCCAGCUGUGUAGUACCAUCCUCUCCUCUCUCCUACCAAGUUCAAUAGAAGUGUUCAUACUGUGCUCUUAGACCUGUGAAUAUCCUUGUCAUUGUGCCUGAGAAAGUACCAUCUCUCCCAGACAGAAGUCAGACAUCUUGAACUCGUUUCUUCAAGUUGAGCAGACUGACUAGCUUAAGAGCCUCUUACUCAGUAUUUAACUUGGGAUUUUUAUCUUUGUUACUUUUUCUUACCCAACCUGUGACUUGUCUUGAGCUGUAAUCAAGCUUCACCUGCCACAUGACUCAACUCUGAGAGUAAGAUUGAGUUGUGAUGGUAACUUUGGCAUUUUUGUUUUAAGUCCUUUUAUCUUUUAACUCUGGCAGCUCCUGCUUCUUUCCUAAGUUACCCAAAGCCCUGCUUUUAGUCCUUUUAUUCUUUUGCCUUGAACUAUCUGGUAUAAUGUUUACUUAAACAGCUUCCCCAUAAAUCAGAGAGGCAAAAAGACAGUGUGGGAAGAGGAGAACCAAAAGAGGGUACCUGUCUUAGGGAUGACCAUAGCAUCAUCUUAAGGGCAAAGAGGUGCCUGGCCCUGAGGAAUGUGAUACAACAAAGCUGGAGAGUGGAUAACCUUCACCUGCUGCUGGCUAUUUCCCUUUCAUUGUAGUUUCCUUACUUCACAGUUGCUGGACAUAACUCCUGAUCCCCUAGUGCUGGUCCUGCUGGUCACAGUUGAGGAUUUUGACUGCAAUAGGCUCUUACUCAUAAUGGCCUGCCGUUGAAUUGUUUUUAGUGACAGAUUUUGUUUGCUACACACCUCAUUGGCUUGUUUACCCACACCAGCUAGAUGUGGUCCCUUCUUUCAUAUCCAUACCAGAACACAUUUGGGAGUUUCUGCGACUUGACAGAGCGUGUAUUGUUUGUCAUAUGAACCUAGCCUACCUUGUUGUUUUCUCAUAUUAAGAAAUGUAAAUCUACUUUGUUUUUGUGGAGCUAUUUUGGUAAUGUAUAAGCAAUUUCAGUUCUGUUUAGGAAAUGAAUUCAAGGUUUCCAGGACUUGAUUUGAGCUUUGCUUAUGAGUAUCACAGUAACAGCCAUUUUAAUUUAUCUAAAUAAAACAUUUCCCUUCUC